CUAUGAUUCUCUUCUUCGCGAUAAUUUUCUAUCUCGAGCUCAAGGCAAUUGCGUUCCUGUAAUUUCUGAUACUUUUCUUAGUCUUUGAAAUGGCUUCUAUAGCCUGCAGAGCUCUGGGUGUUGGUCGCCUAUUUGUGCGGCAACGUGUCCGGCUUUCUGUCGCGACUCUUCCUUCUGUCCGCAAUAUGGCACUAUCCGCCCGCCCUCGUCAGAGAAAGCCUUCAUAUCGACCGAAUGAAAUGGAUCAGGAACAGCGUGAACGGAGGCAAUUUGGACCGGUGAGGACGAAGGAUGGACUGGAGUUGCCGCAUUUUGAUAGGCUGCCCACUAGACCAUACGAACGCCGGACCCCGGACCAACAAAUAUUGAUUAACAGGAGCUAUGGCUAUAUUCUUGAACGCCUGAAUAAUAAUGGCUAUUUAUAUGAACAUUUCAAAAUUCCGCAACGGCUUAUGUUGCUUCAGAUUAAAGAAGGGCAACUCUAUGAAGCAUGCGCGACUCUUCAGAACUUGAUAGAAAUGAGAGCUCCAAUCUUCAGAGCAGUUAUCGAUCUCCUACUUCGAGCACUCCAUAGUUCAAUCAGGAAUGAACUUAGAGACAGGUUGAACGAUGAGGAACUGGUCGAGCAAGGAAUCGACCCUGAUUUAUAUCGGCCAAAAUCAUCCGCGCCUUAUAUCGAUCUUAUCGCUCAGUAUCAUAUGCACGGAAUAAUCAGCAUCAAUCCACAUAUGUUUAUGCACAUCAUUUCCGCAUAUAAGGAGACACAAGAAUUCGAGAAAGCACAUGUUUUCUGGCAAUUUGUCAGCAAUAACAGUAAUGAAAAAUUUAUCAAGAAUGGGUACGUGUACAGUGCACUCCUGGAACUGUAUGCAGACACACCUGUCACUGCUCCUUUAUCAGGAGAGAAACUAGAAGGAGAGGAACUAGAAGGAGAGAAUCCGCAGUGGGAAGGUGGAACUAUCGUCGCCGCUGCAGAAUUUGUGCGCAGAACUAAACUAAGGCUAGUCGACGCUUUGGCAGAAAACAUAUCGGAAUGCAAAAACCAAAAAGCGGUUGCUGUGGCAAGUUACAUCUAUGCUCUCACCUUAUUGGGAGAAACGCAACGCGCCGAGAAGUAUUAUUUGGAACAGAAAGAGCUCGGAGUUCUCACGGCUCUGUACGAGACCUCGGUUUGGUCAUAUUUCGUUUGGAAUUCGAAAGAUUAUGAGCUUGCCACGAAGUAUUUGAGAUACGCUAUAGAAAACAAAUCAAAAUUACGAGUUGGUGCGAUGGAGGCGUAUAUCAAUCACGCUUUCAAAGAGGGUAUUGAUGAAAACCAGAUAUUUGACUAUAUGAAAGAAUAUCUGGAUGCGCGCGAACUCUGGCGCACGACGGAUGCAAACGGAGUGCUAUAUCAGUUCUUCGUAAUGUUUUUUGCUAGAUAUCCGACAAUGUCCGAAAAGGCUCUUAGCGUUAUGCCCAGAUACUUGGGGAGUAUAACUGCAAGACUCCCUCUUGUAAAGGUUCCUCACACGAUCCUCAACCUGUUCCUCGUUGUAUGGAAUGACGUUGAACUCUUUGAUUCCUUCUACGAGGUGACCAAGAGUCUUGGAUGGCCGACAACAGCAGUGUCGUAUCGUCUCUUACUGAAGCGGUACACUGUAGUCGGAGAUAGAGAGAAAAUUCGCGAGAUUUGGGAAAAACUUUUCGAAUUCCAUUCGAAACACGAAGUGUUUCUGGAUACCGCCUGGAAUCUGUCUCUGCGUCACCUUGUGAUCGCCUCAUAUGCCACUCACGACCUGGAAUUUGCGGAAAAGCAGCUCGAACGCGCGAGGAUGCUCUGGCCUGAAGAUAAUCUUAGAAUGUACGAACGCACUGAGAUUUAUCUGCGUGCGUACCAGAGAAGAGAUCCCAUACAAGUAGGAGCUACCCUUGAUUUCAAAGAGUUGGGCGAUAUCGAUUCGGUCGUCCUUCAGGAUAUCAGGGCCAAGGUAAGCGAAUCGAAAAAUUCGUCGGAAAAUUCGUCGGAAAGUUCGGAUUCUGCAGCGACGGAGGAGGUAAAUGAAGAGCUGGGCGAUAUCGAUACGGCCAUCCUUCAGGAGACCAGGACCGAAUAUAGCGAAUCGGAAAAUCUGUCGGAAAAUUCGUCGGAAAGUUCGUCGGAAAGAGCGUCGGAAAAUUCGUCGGAAAACUUGGAUUCUUCAGCGACGGAGGAGGUAAAGAAGUAGAUAUUCUCUAAUAAUCAUACGGAGAAUUCUCUUAUCUAUGCUAGAUUGAUAGGUUUUUUUGAAAUUCCUUUUCAGUGGAAACACCGAAAAAA